AUGGUGUCUUCUUUACCACCGCUGGUAUCGCAACUGUGCGACAUCCUACACAACCCGAUUUUCCCUGCACAGCUUGCCUCGGCUAUACAAGGCAGUCCGAACGACAAGGAUCUGUAUCUGAGGAUAGAGGCUUCGUUAACAACGGGUGCUCGGUCAACGUCAAGUAAUGGGGCGCUGCAGCUGGGCUGCAUCAACCUUCGCAAUGGGAUGCUUGUGCCAUCACCGUCGUUUACACCAGCGCAUACUCCGGACCCAGGGGGGGAUGGAGCAGACUCAGCAUCAGAGUCUACCCUACACUUCACACCCGAUGACCACGAGUCCCGACCUUCCAAACGACACAAGACAGUGAGCGGACUGCGCCUUCCUCAUUCUUCAUCUCUGGAGAAGAGCAAAGCCCGUCCAUUGCAUACCAAAGAGGCAUCCAAUAGCCAUCCACACGACAAUGAGUCCCCAAAAUCCAUCCGCCAAGUCCACAGCGACACGCGCUUCCCGCAACGCGCAAAACCAGGCCAAGGCCUUGACCCGCCAGUCCUGGAACCAACAUCAUCCGACAAAUUGAUUUCUGGGAUCUGGCGACAGGUGUACUCAUCCGUUCAGUUGAGUCGAGACUUCUCAGAUGUAAAACCGACAAUCAACAUCCGCUCAGGCGCAAGUCUCGAAGUAUUCGAAUCCGUCAACGCUCUAUGUCUGCAGUACUACAACCGCAGCCAAUCCAGCCGGGCCCUCGAGAUGAUCGUGCAAGCCUUCUGGGUCGAAAGCUUCGAAGCACGCACUGCAGUCCUGCGCUACGAAAAGCCAAUCCUGUCUAAGACAGAGGCGCGCAUGAUCGCCGUGCGCGAAGCAUGCGUCGUGCUGAACUGGAGGGAGAAAGACCUGCGGAAUAGAAUGUACGCGUUACCUUCACUACGCCCACCCAUCCUGCGACAGAAGACUAAUGAGCCGUGUAGGGCCAUCUGGCGCGGCUACAAAGAAAUCAAAGACUACGGCGGGUGGGCGGCGCUCGUGUUCGCCAGCGCAGGCGUCUACCGGUUCUGCAAGUACCGCAGUGAAUUCGGCGAGGGACUGUUCUGCCGUCUACGGCAUAUACGCUCUGGUCUGGAGAUCGCGGCUGAUACGUUGCAUCCGGGGUGGAGGGAUAUUUUGCAGGUCAUUCAGCAGGAUACGCCUGCUGUUUAUACGGGCCAUCCGCAUGGGUGGGUUACGACGCCCGAGGGAACGUGUCUCACGCUUGCGUCGACGUACGAGUAUUUGAAUCUGCCCGGUGGAUUUCAGUACACUUUCAUCGAUGAAUGCGUUCUUGAUGAGAAAGUAUUUGGGCGUGACGAUCCGCGCCGCGUCCCAGAGCUCGACGAAGAUACCUGCCCCGUCUGCCACGAGAAACAAUCCGACGAUAUCACAGAGAACCAGUGUGUGUGCUUCCCGGCGCUCUUCGGCGGAGUCAGAUCUUCAGCUCCAGUUCAGAUCUUUCGCACAACGAAUGGGAAGAAUAACGGCGUUGUUGCGCGCUGUCCCUUCGACCGCGGCACCGCAAUCGGCGAAUUCACCGGCCUAAUCACAAGCGGGAUCACCGGGCUAGACGUGAUGAUCGGAGGAACGCGGUCGCGACCGUACCAGAUCUUCCAAGGGAGGAUGGGCAACUUCACGCGGUUUAUUAAUCACAGUUGUCGACCGAAUAGCCAGUUCCAGAGAUUCUAUUGGAGGGGCAAGGAACGGAUUAUUGUUGUUAGUAGGGGGGUAAGUGCGGGUGCGGAGAUCACGGUGGAUUAUUCGGAGGGGUAUUGGAGGAGUUUGGAGAAGAGGUGUCUCUGUGGGGAGGCGUGUUGUCGGUUUAAGGAGAGGUAG